UCAAGCAUUUCCACACGUUGUGCCAGACAUUUUGUUUUUUGUUGUUCUGAUUUUUGGCAGUGUUACUUGUACUGACAAGUCCAGGAAACUUCAAGCUGUGUGAUGCAAUGAACAGCUGUGUGUGUGGUACAUGAAAGCAUGUGGUCAGGCAUCGUUUACGGAGUACUUCAUCUGCUUGUGCUUUGUUUUUUAAAUAACAGACCAUUUUCAAGAUUGUGUUCAUUUAAUUGUGGGAAGCCAAAAUUGUGAUCAAGAUUAAAUCUCAUUUAGCUGAAAUAACCAAAAGAUCCUAAAAAUUUCCUUAAGCAUUAUAUGCACAUCUGCAAACUGAGACCUCUAUAGCAACCUUAAAAGUUCAUUACACCACACCCCAAUGUCAGGAUGACUAUGUCAUAACCUAAAAAACAUUGGUAAAACUUGACAAUCAGAUAGUAAGAACAGGAAACAUUGCAGUGGGAGGUUUCAUUAUCAGUAAAAGGAAACUUAAAAUGCACAUGAAAGGAAUAAAAUGAGAGAAGAAAAAAACAAAGGAAACAAAGUAUGUUAGAAUAUGAAAGAAACUGUUGACAGUGUUACAAAGUUAACAGCUGCAUGGCCUCUUGUCAGUAACAUUUCUGUUGAUCUCACGCCCACCCAUUUCCUGGAAAUGUUCAAUCUUUCUUGCAAAGUAAUACUGCUGCAUCAAAGUAAGAAAACAAUAACCUCAGACGCUGAAGACAUUUUUUUUUUACAUUUUCCCUGAUCUUUCAUUAAUAGCUUCCUCUAGAUUUUCCAUCUGAAUAUCUUUAAUAGGCUUCAUUCCAAUCUGCCUUUUUCUCAGAAACAAGUAAAUAUAAAGUCCUAAUGAUUCCUUCAAACAUUUUGAUCAUAUCUUACUACUACCUCAUCUGGUCAGUAUGUGCUGAGUAUCUACUCCCACACCUACCUGGGUGUGACAAGUGGCUGUAUACUAUAUAUAACUCCAGCACAAAAGUCACUAGUCAGUAAUACAUGUAACAUAUGAAAGGACAUCAAACACAUUUGCAUCAAGUAGAACACAAGGACACUUAAAGCUAAAGAUGGCAAAUGGACCAGCACGGUCCACUAAGGAAGGGGAAUUGCAUGUGGGGAGCCUCCCACUGUUGGAUAUUCUCCAUGCAGAUCAGUUUGAAGGAAAAUAUUCUGAUCAAGAACUCCUGGAACGCAUAGGAAAGGCUGAGGAAAACUUUUACAGAGGGGCCCCACCAGAGUGGUUAAACUUCUACAUCAGUGAACAGGCAGAGUCACAUGGGACUGCUUUUAUCAAACGAGAUGGAUAUGAAAAACUUAAGAAACAAAUUCAGGGAAACAGAAAGUUUCCAGGGAUAUCAACUGUAAAACUGUCACACCAACCAGGAUGUGGGGGAACUACAAUGGCCAUGCAGGUGUUGUGGGACUUGAGAAAAACCUUCAGGUGUGCUGUUUUAACUGGCUCCACCUCAGAUAUUACAAAGGUUGCAAUGGAAGUUCUCAAACUUUUCACAGCAGGCAGUCAAAACCACCAGAGAACUGUGUUGUUGUUACUGAACAAUGAGACGAUCCUGGAAGAUCUCCAGAGCAGCAUUAUGAUGACAGCUGCUGAGCAGAAGAUAGUUACUCGUAUGCCUGUAGUCAUUUUCCUCAGCUGUGUGAGAAACAAUGCACCUCAACAGAGUGACCACGUUGUCCUAAAGAACACACUCUCAGACAAUGAGAAGGAAAAAUUUGAUAAGAAAAAGGAAGAGCUUCAAAGCAGGUACAAAGAUAAAUGUGAACAGUUUCAUGGUUUUAACAUAAUGCAAAGUAAUUUCUCUCAGGACUACGUCAGGGAGGCAUGUGCUGCAUUAGAAAAAUGUGAAAAAACUAAUCAGUCACUGAAGCUUGCUGCCAUCCUAUCCCUGCUGAAUGCCUAUGUACCAGGGUCAUAUCUCCUGGAGUCUCAGUGCCUGGACUUCCUCAGAAAAGACAAGUAUGUUGACCUGUCACUGGAGGAUCAAAUGCAGCCUUUCAGUCAUCUCAUCAUCACCUUCCAACAAGAUGAAAGAUGUGAGAAAAAAGUCAGAAUGGCUCACACUAUGAUAGCACAAUGUUGUACUGAACUGUUAGCAAAGGCAGGUGUGACCAGAAGUGGCACAACCAGAAACUUCUUGAACAAUUUUUGCAGUGAUGCGAUUCCUCUGUGGUUGCUUGGUUUUGUCAAAGACAUGUUAACCAAAAGAGAAAUGAAAAAAGAAGUGGACCAAGUCAACAGCACAGACAUGAAACAGGAAAAGUUUUCUAGACUAAUUCUAGACAUUCAAAUGAUGGAGGGGAAAGAGCAGUGUGCAACAGUUUUAGAGGAGGUCUCAUGUAAAAUCUUUCAAAAUCCAUUUUUUCCACAAGCUCUUGCUCGUUUUUAUUAUAUAGAACUGAAAGACUACAAUCAGGCAGAAACGUGGGCAGUCGAAGCACUAAAAAGAGAUCCUCAAAAUUCAUUUGUUGCUGACACACUUGGCCAAGUCCAUAAGAACCACCUAAUGAAGCAAAAGGUUUCUGCCGAACCAACAGAUAUUUUGCAAAUGGCUCAAAAAGCGAUUAACGCGUUUGAAGAUGAAGAAAGAUUUGCUGAGGAUGAAGGUGGGCCAGACAUGAAAGAACAUGGCAAAAGGAAUGUUUCCAGACUUUUUAAUUCAAGAGGGCUUUUUGGUUACCUGCAGGUUUGCAAUGCUCUGUAUGACAAACUUGUCAGUCAAAAUGAAACCUGGGAAGAAGUUCUCACAAAAAAAUUAUCGACAAGCUCUUUCCUGAAAUCACUUGGAGACAACAAACUCCUCGGAUUAAAUGAACUACUAGAAAACCUCAAAGAUGAAGUUGAGCGAAAAUACAUUUUUUUUGAAAAAUAUCUGACUUACUCAAAGCCUAACAACAAGAAAGAUGAUCCUGAAUAUAUAUCUAAAGACACCUCAGACUGCUACCAGAAGUAUGUUGGAGGCACAACUACAAAACAACUCAUCCAGAUGUUUCAGGAGGGAAACCUAGAUGACCAGUCUGUGGAAGUACUGUCAUUUCUUGUCAAACAAUACACUCAAUCAGAGCUCGAAGAAAUAUCUACAAAGUGUAGAGAAAUGUGUCCAAGUGCAGAUUCAGAAACAGCUCUGGUCAACAACAUCCUCACACUAUUUAGAGGGAAAAUGCCCCCAAGUGACACAGACCCACCUGAGCUGCACAUGUUCGCCCUCCUCUGGUACUGGCCUGAAAAUGAAGGCCAAUGUGUUUAUGACAUCAGUCAAAUAAUUCAGCAAAUGCACAACACUUACAAAAAUGUAUAUAAGAAGUACUUUCGUGCCAGGUAUCUUCUUCCUGUGUUUUUCAUUGGAAAAGGUGAAGGUGUGAAGAGAAUUGUUCACAGAACAAUUAUUGAAAAAUAUCUGAAAGCGAAACCAGAUUGGAGCAAUAACUGGAAGAAAGAAGAAAUCUUCAGGAGCCCUGAUGUCCAAGAGCUCCUUCUCAGACUUGAUGGAGUAGUAAGAAACUACAGAGUGUAUACAAGAGUUGGUAGUAAAGAGAUUGAGAUCAACGCCAAUCUGCAAAACAGCCUUUGGAAAAAACGCCAAGUUACCUUCUACCUUGGAUUUACUAUCAGAGGUCCUGUGGCCUUUGGCAUUCAGAACAAAACUGCAGAUACAGUUAUUGCAGAUCAGAAUGGGAAAACUCUGACCAACAGUGUGAAAGAGACCAAAGCUGCCACUUAAGCUUUAAACAUCAUACGAGAUAAUGAGGGACAUCCAAGUUUGUGAAUCCUGCUCAACAUCCCCCCGAAAGAGAUUCUGAAGCUUCCUUUAUAGUAUUUAUGUGUUUUUAUAUGUAGGGGCAAGAACUAAAAGGGGAAAAAUUGUGCUGUAGCUUUGAUGUGAUGCAUGUGAUGCAGCACUUUUAGUCAUGGAAGUAUUGUCUAUGCUAACACCUCAGAUUAAACAACAGACUUUCUGAUUCUUAGAGAUAAUUUACUUCCUAAAAUUUGGCUUCUUUGCAUAGUGUCUAUUUAAUACUUUGUUUAUGGGUUUCUGAAGACUAUGCAAGCAUUGAUGUACUGAAAGCUAAUCAACAUCUGAAGAAAAAUGUCUCCUCAAAGUAUCGUUUUAAAUUGUUGCUUUGCUUCCUGUCUCGUUACUCCUGUUUUUUUCCUUCCUGAGUUCCCAGCUGUCUUCACUUCCCUGAUCACCCGUGCUGUGUAUAUACUGGCCAAAUCUGCGCUGGUCUGGUGAUGGAACAUAGGUUCUUUCUCCAUGCUAGUACUUUCCCGGUUACGUUUCCUGCAGGCAAAGUCUUAGUCUACGUUUGCCUUUUGUUUUGUAUUUUGUGCAACCUCUAUAAACGGCUUGCUUUUAUUAAGUCCCGUCUACAGGCAUCUGCAUUUGGGUCCUCUCAACUAAAGGUUGCCUUUUUUUGUUUGUUUUAUGUGUUAGAUUCUAAAGUAUAAAAGAGGAUGUACGUGCUGUUAAAUAAAAGUUAGAUAAUGUUAUGGAUUUAUCCAAGUUUAAAUAUGAAAAGGAUUUAUAUUCAGUUUUUUCUUUGUUUGUUUUUGUUUUUACCCCUGUCUAACCAGUGUUUGGUUUGGUUUUACUUUUUGUUCUUGUCUAGUUUAAGAGGGCUGUUUGUUUUAUUAUCUGAGUUUACUCAAUAAAGUAUUUAAUUGCGAAUUUA